GAUUAGAAAUCGGGGUUGGGUUAAGCGAUUAACUCAAGAUGGCGACUCUGGCAAAAGCGCCAAUAUAUUUACUGAAGUAAAUGUCAAAAAUUAAGUGGGAUAGUGGGUUUUCCCAAGCCUAUUGGGGUUUCCGCCAAACAUGAAGACCAGGAGCAUGUCUCUAAUGAGGAUUUGACCGGAAUAUUUACUGUAGCGAACCCAGAGAGAUGUGCGAGAGCUAUGCCCGCUCGCUGCUGCGUGUUUCGGUGGCGCAGAUCUGCCAGGCUCUGGGCUGGGAUGCGGUUCAGCUCACUGCAAGCGAUCUGCUGUCCGAUGUGCUGCAUAGGUACAUCCAGCAGCUGGCGAGGGUUUGCCACCGGUACUCUGAGCUGUAUGGAAGAACAGAUCCAGUGCUGGAUGAUGUCAGCCAAGCCUUCAGGUUGAUGGGGGUCAAUCUGAGCGAGCUGGAGGACUACGUCCACAAUCUGGAGCCCGUGUCCUUCGCCCAUCAGACACCACUCUUUCCCAUGAGCAAAAACAAUGUCCUGCAGUUCCCUCAGCCUGGAGUCAGAGACGCAGAGGAGAGAAAGGAUUACAUUCCAGAUUACAUGCCACCUCUGGUGUCCCUACAGGAAGAAGAGGAAGAGGAGGAGGUUCCUGCAGACAUGGGCACCUCAGCCGAGGCUAUGCAGGUGGCAAUGGAUGAGCAGGACGAGGAGGAGGUGGAUGAGGACGAGACCGUAAAUGAUGAAAACCAUCCGCUAAAGAGGCACCUGGACAGUCCCGAUGCUGCUUUGGGCAUGAUGCCCACCUCCAAGAGACCACGCAUGUACCCUGGCCUCAGCCCCGAGUGGGGAGUGGAACCUAGGGAGCCUCUUACCUCCAUCAACUCACAGCGCGUUCCUCCUGGCAUCCUUCCCUCUCAUGACAGCCUGGACCCGCUGUCACCUGAAAUGCCGUCUGGAGUUCUACCUUCUUUCAGGCCUCAGCCGAUAAUACCAAAACUGUCAGACCCCAAGGGCUUCACCACUCCAGUGAGAAAGCCCAAAGUCUCAUCUCCUGGCAGACAACGGACUAAGUCCCCCAAAAGGGUAAUUCCUGCUCCAGUGGUUGGCAGUCCCAUCCAUUCUCCAAAACCGUCUAAAGAAAAGAAAAAGUCUCCCGGCAGAUCGAAGAGUCCUAAAAGCCCCAAGAGUCCAAAGAUGGGUUCCUCUAAAGUUCCCAUGCCUCAGAGCAAAGCAGACGUCCUGCAAAAGUUUCCUCUGUCUGCGCUGAGUGAGAGGAUGGGCAAAGAGAACAUUCACCUUCCUCCGAGCAUGGAGGACCAGGACUUAGCCGAAGGGCCUUUUAUCAAACUAGAACCUGAUAACACAGCCAUCAACGAUUCUAUCGAUGCUGUGAUAGCCAGAGCGUGUGCUGAGCGGGAACCCGAUCCUUUUGCUUUCUCCUCUGGCUCUGAUUCAGAAAGCAAUGGGUUCUCCAGCCCCAGGAGGUUGACCAUCAUGGAGCCGUCUACGCCGAAAUUCCACUUAGGGACUGGAAUGUUGCUAAAAGACACGUCCACGCUUCUUCACCUACAGCCGCGGAUGGGCCUGGACAGCUGGACUAUGGAUGACUCCAUCAACGAGGUGAUCCGGAAGGCCAAUCACGGGGGUCCAGCUGCCCCGCCUCAGAAUCAGCCUCCGUACAUGUCGUCACGGUCGGCCUCACCUCCGACCCCGGAGCCUCUGCUCAAAGUGUUCGAGGAGAAAAGCAAGAUGGUGUCUCCGUUAGACGUGAAGAAGAAGCUGAAGAAGGAGCUGAGGACCAAGAUGAAGAAGAAGGACAAAGAUAAACAAAAGGACAAAGAUCGGGAAAAGGAUAAGAGCAAACUCAAGGAGAAGAACAAGGAGAAGAACAGGGACAAAAACAAGGAGUCUUCCAAGGAUGUCAAAAUGCCUUGGAAGGAUUUUGGAGUGAAAGACGAGGAUCACUUUGUUCAUCGAGACUUUUCUCUACCCGAGGGCUCCAUCAAAAUUAAAUCUAGAGAUGGAGAUGGCCCUAAGAAGGAGAAGGACAAGCACAAGGACAAGAAGAAGGAUAAGAGUAAAAAGGACAAAGAGAAGAAGGACAAGGGUAAAGACAGGAGCAAAGAGGACAAGCAGAAACAGCCUGUCAUCCCGCCCUUUUCUCUGGGUGACGUCGCUCCUCUUUUCAGCCCUUCCACUUGCCUGCGUGUGCCCUCCGUGCUGCCUCCUCUGGCCCCGAUUCUCCACGACAAGGAGGUGAAGAGCAAGGACAAGAAAAAGGAGAAGAAGGAGAAGAAGAAAAGGAAAGACAAGGAGAAGGACAAAGAACGGGAAAAGGCCAAAGAAAAGGAGCGAGAGAAAGAAGAAAAGAGGAAAGAAAAGGAGAAACGAGAAAAGGAGAAGGAGAAAGAUAAAGACAAGGAGAGAAUACGACAGGAGAAGGUGAAGAUGGAGACCCCAGCGGCCUUACUGUCUCCAGUCAUCCCUAGACUGACCCUGAGGGUGGGCGCCGGCCAGGACAAGAUCGUUAUCAGCAAAGUGGUUCCAAACUCGGAGCCAAAGACUCCUGGGCCCAGGACUCCUGCUGCCAAGUCCGGUCCUGGGAAUCGUCCUCGGUCGCCCCCUCCGCUCCAGAUUCUACCUCCAAUCGUUCCGAUUCUGCCUCCACCCGCCUCCCCGCUUCCGCCGGCACCCCCUCCGGUAUCCUCGCUGCUCGGUGCGGCCUCCACACUGCCUCUUGCCGCCUCCACCAAAACACCUGUCCGCAGCGUCGUAACUGAGACCGUCAGUACUUACGUGAUUCGGGACGAGUGGGGGAACCAGAUCUGGAUUUGCCCUGGAUGUAACAAGCCUGACGACGGCAGUCCCAUGAUAGGAUGUGACGACUGUGACGACUGGUAUCACUGGCCCUGCGUUGGGAUUCUCAAGCCACCCCCCGAGGACCAGUCCUGGUUCUGCGUCAAAUGUUCCAGCAAGAAGAAGGACAAAAAACACAAGAAGAAGAAACACAAACCGCAUUGAUCCUAUGCAAAACACAACACCGGACUCUCUGAGCUGAAGCCAUCACUGAUCACUUGUGGCACUGCUGUAUAAAUAAAAUAGAAAGUAAUUUUUGCUGACUUUAACUUCUGAUGAUUUUAUUUGGAUGAUGUCAGCAUUUAUGCAAUGGGAGUGGAACCGGAGGGUUGGGCGGAGACGAACUGGGAGACCACAGCAACUUUUCUCAGAUCAGAGCUAAACUUUGUAACAAACAGAAGAAAAAAAGCUACGUUUUAUUAUUGUUUUAUUUUUCUGUUUGCCUCACGUUGCCACAGAACGAUUUCCCUUUCUGCAGUUUCAUUCAAAUGUACAUAAUGAUGAUGAGACGUGUAUAAAAGCUGUAAAUACCAACCUCCAAGCUAAGUGCGUUUGGUUCUUAUUAGGAUUCGAACUUGUUUAAACCAUUUUCUGAUAUCCAUUUUUAAAUCACUUUACUUUCUGUAAUUUCUGUACAUUUUUUUAAAUUUAAAAUUUGUAUUUUUGCUCUUCGUAUGGAUCUGUCCUGGAGUUCUACUGUAGCUGUGCUUGUAAUGUUAUUCAUUUGGUGAUAUUUCAAUAUUAAAGAUGAACAGUCUGUGUACUCACAGACUUUAACAAGUA